CCUUUACAAAUAAUCUUCCUCCAAACAUUUUCCACCACUUCACUUUUCUCAUCAAAAACUCAAAACAUUUCUCUCUCUCUCACACACAAACACACACACUUCCAUGGCUUCUCUACACACACACAGAAAACUCUUACUUGCAAACUUAAACUCCACCACUACAACUAAUCCAACAGUCCAAACAUGCCUUUAUUUUUGCAACACCCCAAAAAACAACACUUUACCCUACUCAGGCUUCUGCCCUCAGGCAUGUUUGGCUAUCUGUCCUUCCAUUUGUCAAUUCCCUCUCUCUAAUCUCCCUUUACACCAAGACUUUCCCCCUUCAAAACCAAACAAGUCUCACAAUCUCUCUCCUCUUCUCAUCACUAUGCUUAUUCUUUUAGCCACAACUUUCCUCUUAAUAUCCUUCUAUGUCCUCUACACCAAACUUUACUUCCAUUUUUACGCACAAAAUAGUAAUUCUUUUCUCCAAACAAGGACUAUAACUAGAAGAAGAAGAGAAAGGAUAGGAAGUGAUUCCAUGUAUGAGGAACAUGGGAGUAGGGUGGUGUUUCACCCCUUUUGGUACAUCUCCACCGUUGGUCUCCCUUCCACGGCGAUCGAGGCGAUCGCCGUCCAUAAGUAUGUAAAGGGGAUGGAAGAGACAGAUUGUGCGGUGUGUUUGGCGGAGUUUGAACAAGGUGAUGACUUGAGAGUUUUGCCUAAGUGUAAUCAUGCCUUUCAUAUACCUUGUAUUGAUACUUGGCUUUCUUCACAUACUACGUGCCCACUUUGUCGUGCUCCCAUUAUACCUCAUGAUCAUCAAAAUCGUGAUCGUGAUCGCGUUCGAGAUGAGAAUACAUCAUCUUCCUUGGCAUCUAUGGAGGAAUCGUCAGAUGAUAAUAAUCCCCCUGCUGAGGUCUUGAGGAUUAAUAUUAUAAGUGGGGGGGAGAGAGUUGAGAAUGAUAAUAACAAUAAUGAUUUGGAGGGAUGUUCUAUAGAAAAUAUUCCAAGUAAAGAUCAAGAUAAUUUGGGGGAAAUUAAGAAAGGAAGUUGUUCACAAAGAUGGUCUUUAGAAAGAGGGGCAGCUAAUUUGUUGAGUAGGUCACUUUCUUGCAGUGAGAAGAUUUUUUCAUCUAGUUCUAAUAUUAAAUCAAGUCCAAAUUCAUAGUAUCCAUAUGAAAUUCUGAAUCCACAAAAUAAGUGAAGGACUAUAUUGGUAAACUCAUUGGAUGUGAGUCUUAUUCGAAAGAACAAGUUCUCCGUUUAACCUUUUUUCUCCUCAUACCAACACCACAAAAUCUUGUCAACAUCUUCUUCUUUCUUGCAAUUAUUGCGUAAUCAAAGAUCAUCCUAUGUCAUCCAUGAUCUUGGGCCAAUAAGAAGAGAUUGUACUAGCAAAACGACACUCCGAAUUGCAACCCAUCCUAAUAUCGGUCCGUAAUUGGUGAGCACCACUAAUAAUGUGUGAUAUACCCUUGUGAACCUACCCCAAUUAGUUAGGGAUUUUUGUGAAUGAUGAAGAUGGGGUUGGAUAAUAUGUGAAAGGUAGGAAAACUCUUAUGAAGAAAGAGUGGUUUUGAUGUUAAUGUUAUGGUGGGUGAAACAGAAGUACAAAAUUUUCUUGCAAGUUUGAGGAGACUAAAGAAUUAGGUAAUACAGUUCUAUCUUAUGAUUUGACAUUUGAGUAUGAUGUUUUGAUAUGUGCUCUAACUUAGUCUCAAUACAAAAUUGUUAUUGUGCAAUGCAGAAUCAAUUAUGUUUCCUUAUUAAAUACUGUAAUAGUAUACACUAAUCAUAUUUUGAUGCUCUAUGUGCAUGAAUCCAUUGUACCAACGCUGUCAAUAAUUUGGCAUUAGGAGGAAUAGUAUGGCAAUUAUAUUCAGAACUACUCACAAAAAACUUUGUAAAAUCACACCAAAAUGGCAUAAGAUAACACAAAAUUCAUCAUGUACAUAGUUUUUAAUUGAAUAUAAAUUGACAUGUCAGAAUUAGUAAUUUUAAGUGCAAGGCAAAAAAAUACCUUAAAAAAAAAUGUGCAAGGCAGAAACUCCAUCAACUUGGUGGUGUCUUAAGAAAAAUUGUUGAGAGCACUUCCAGAUACUCUUAAAGAGCGCAUACAGAUGCAAGAAUAAUCCCAUCAAACGUUGUUGAGCUAUUCCAUAAGGUCACAUACUCUGUAUGAGAAACGUUAUAAACUAAAAGAUCGUGGCUUUAUAUUCCAAUGUGGGGGACAAACAUAAUAGUCACACUUCCACUUAACACACACCAUUAAUUGGUCUCUACUCUAAUGAAUGCACAUAAAUAGAUUAGCAAAAGAUACCUCGUUAAGUACAAACUACGAAACCAGAUCUCUGAUUUCGUUGCUUUAAUCACAAAUAGCAGGCCUGUUAUGGUGCUUGCAGUAGUGUUAGGCCUGGAUCAACCAAACUCUGGAGUCUGGACUAGAGGAAACAAUUUGAGCUUUGAUCAAACAACAGACUUAGCUCGCAGUACUCCCUGACCACAUCAGUUAGGUAGUAAAUGGAGCAAUCUUUUGGGGACAAACUCAAAAGAAAGUUUGUAAAAUCUUAUGGGGACUGAGGGGGUAUGAUUCUAUGCACUCUUACCUUGCUAGUCCAGGUUAGAACAUAUGUACACGGACAUGUAAGAGGGUGCUCAUGGUCCGACACUUGGCAGACAAUAAACUGACAUUGAAAUCUUCCAGUCUGAUAUCUUACUUCAACAGCUUCUCCAGGAGUUCCAAACAACCACCUCAGGUGGGUAUAGACAAGGAUCGUUCAAUCAUCUUUCAGCAAAUAAUGGUAAAUGUACUCUAAAAUGCAGUAAUUUCUUCUCUUCUAUCUACAAAAACAUUCUCUCAAGCACCCAUACUGAACUUAAAAUUCUAUACACAAGAUUAUGUUGGCUAAGAUUGGACGCACUAAACUGUGUCCACAAUCCACAUUCACAAAGCAACUGUGAUGUUACUCUCUUCUUGUAGUUGAAGGCUUGAAGCAAAAUACAUAAUCAACUAAAAUCUAUCACAUAAGUCAAGUUAAUGAAUAUGUUUAUUACCAUUCAAACAACACAUACUAUGAGUUUCUCUUUUGAGCACUGCAAGACAGUAGUUAUGUGGCUGCAGGCCUCCUUGGAAGGGAGAAUUUCUAUUCAGCACGGUGAAUGGUGUCAUGUAGGCUGCUACACUACAUGUUGAGUGUUGAACGUAAAGGAGCAAGAUGAAUGGAGAAUUUUUAUUGGGCACCAAAAGAAAAUUAUAUUUUCUUAAGAAAAAAAAAAGUAACUUAAACCAGAUGAUAGAAAUAUUCUCAAACACAAAAUAUGAUAUUACCUUCAUUGCAUGAUUUAUAAACUUGACGGCAUCUGCCAUAGUGAUAUGCUCCUUCACAACUUACAGUUGUGGUAAUUUCUGUACUGAAGGUCUUAAAAUUGUCUCACUAAAUAACCUUUUCAUGAUCAAACAUAUCUACAGCGAGAUCUGUAACUUCCCCAUGGACC